CACCAAUACUUGAAGAGCUCCUUGCCUGCAGAGCUAGCUGCACACAGGCUGCACAUGGUUUGGCAGGUCCAAUGUCCAUUGCCACAGGCAGGGAGGCUUGAUUUCGAGCCGCAACGUGAGUGGCGUAUGCAGGACGACAGUUCUUCCUUCCAGUGCCAAAAUGGCUUCUGCAGCAGUCUCUUGGAGCAAUCACCCACCGCUGCUCGGUCACAAUUGUGCACAGUGGAGUGGCGCAGCGCCAAAUGCUCUGUCUGAAGCAGGCAGCAAGUUACCCACUUCUCACAUUGUCAGCAUUGCGCAACCCUCCAUCAUUCUUGCAAGAAGGCUGCACUCUGCGAUGGGACCUUUUCUGCACACAGGUUGUAAAGGACUGUCAUCUCCGCUAGUUCCAGUGUUUCCAGCCCCGAUGAUUGGUGGUGCAGGCCACCUGCGUCCUCUGGAGAGGAAAGAGAAGGUUCAGUCGUUGCAGGUUCAUUCUGGUUGCCGUCCAGCAGCAAAGUCGAGGAAAAGAGCUGGAGCUGGGAGAAGAGACAUGAGAGUGUUUUACCGACCGCAAGGGAUGACUGCAGCUCCGACGCACCAGGAAGAAAUAGGAAAUAAUGUUGUGAGGGAGGGGAAAGAAGGGUCAGCUCCCUCCACGGAAGAAAGUGCAUCCUCGUGUGUUAGUGGUGAAACACAGCCUCGGAAAGUGAAGAGUAGCUCCGCAUGGUGGAAGAAAAACUUUACCGUGGCUGUGCCAAAGCCAUCAUUCGAACCUCCAUUUGAACCAGAGAGUACAGAUAGCGAUCAGCUAAGCAGUGUAUCUGACAUUGAACCAGAGUCCUCUGUUAGCGAGCUGGAGUACUCUGUUGGAACACCUGUAGAUGAAGAACUUGCUUCGAGUAGCGGGGAUGUGGAGGACGCAGACGCGCUCCUGCGCUUGGUCAAAAAAAGGAAGAGAGGUCCAAGAGGUAGAGUCAUUGUUCAGCAUGGAAAAGGGAGGAGCAGCUCUCAAUCAGGGUCUUUGGAGGAAGGGUCAGGCCCUUGCUUCAGUGGCCGACAAGAAGAGAAGGCAAAGGACAGAAAAGCGUGGUUCCCACAUUCGGGCGUGUUUGAGAUUGAAGGGCAAAAGGUGGAUACAGCUACUGUAAAGCGGGCGUUGGAGGCUCAGCUGGCACAGAAUCGCAUUGAUCGAAUUGCGGAUGUGGUGGCCGGGCGCUCGUAUGCUCUCGUGCCGGUUGUGGAAGGGUUGAACAACCUUGCAAAUGUCAGCGCGGUGACUCGCACCGCAGAGGCGCUGGGCUGCCAAUCGGUGCACGCAGUCGCCCGGGAAAGGGCGCGGUACAAGGGCAGCGGGCGCGUCAGCGCGGGGUCGGACAAGUGGCUGGAUCUCGAAUUGUGGACUGACACGUGGCAGUGCCUGAAGACGCUCAAGGCCCGGGGGUACAGGAUAGCGGUCACGUGCAUGGAUCAGCUGGGGGAGGGGAGAGAAACGCGGCCAGUCCACGAGAUCGAUUGGACGAUUCCGACGGCGAUCGUGCUGGGCAACGAGAUGUUUGGGGUGUCGGGCGACGCCAAGGAGCUGGCGGACAUCGGGUGCUACAUCCCCAUGGGCGGCUUCACCGACUCGUUCAACAUCUCGCACGCGGCCGCGAUCCUGAUGUAUCACGCCGUCAGAGACCGCAUUCAGCGACAGGGCUUCCACGCGGACCUCACGCCCGAGCAGCGGGACAUCUUGACGGCUGAGUUUUACCUCCGCACCAAUCGGACGGCGGAGAGCGUCGUUCACCGGCUGCUGGAGCUCGAGGGCGCCGAGAUCAAAAAGGCGCCCAAGAGCUUUGUCCGCUCCCUCAUGGAUGGGGAAACGGAAGAAGCGUCAGCAACGGUAGAAUAGGCGUUGCUAAUGUCCUGGUAACAGUCAAGAAGAAGCGUUGCGGAAGCCGAGUCGUCCAUACUGGUGGAGUCCAUACAACGGUAGUUCUGCAGCUUUACGCAAGGAUCUUUGAUGGGGUUUGCACGAAAGGAAUCGUAGGCUGCUCCCUUAUGACAUAGUGCUGUAAAUGUACAAGGACUCAACACAUCGUGCCGUUCCGGUCCUCCGCACUUGCUUCUUGGGGAAGUAAGGUCGGUCGGACGGAUAUUUAGACUGGCAAUAUUUGCAAUGGCACGUUUGCUUCGUCGGACUAAGUCGACCUCUGAUGUGGCGGUCAGCCCGACGACGUACCGUUCAUGUCUUUCAGGCCGGCAGCCUUAGAUCUACC